GAUGGCGUAACGACGAUAAUUCCAACAAUAACAAAAACAAAAACAAUAUAAUAAUAAUAGUACCAAAAAUAGUAGUAAUAGAUAAAUAGUAAUAAUAAUAAUAGACAAGUGUAUUACUCCGCCGUUGUCCCUGGCAACAAUUUGUAUUGGUUGAUCUACUGGGACUGUGUGGCACUACUUUUGUGUCUCUCGUUUGUGUGGUAAAAUUGAGAAAGGCAAGCCAUUGUCAUAUACAAAGAAACAACAUACCUUCAUUAAAUUGUUGAAUCAAAAUCAAAUCAACAUGUAUCAUCGAGAACGAGAUCCAGGUCACAGAGUUGGUAGUAGUGGUGGUCAUCGAGUUGGUAGUAACAACAGUAUUCACAUGACAAAUACCAGUAAUAGUAGUAAUAGAGGUGGUCAUCAUUAUUAUGAAAAACAUCAUGAACAAAUGUCAAGAGGUAGUAGUAGUAGUAACAGCAGAGGAAGUAGAUUUUCUGGUGGAUAUCGUGGUAAACAACCAUCUACUGGUGGUGGUAAUAGUGGUGGUGGUGAUGUCAACAACAGUUCAACUAAAAAACCCAGCUGGGAUACAAGAUUAUUGGAGCCAAUUAAAAAAAAUUUUUACGUUGAACAUCCAUCAAUAAAAAAAAGAUUACCAGAAGAAGUUGAUAAAUAUCGUGAAUUACAUGAAAUAACAGUUAAAGGUGAUAAUGUACCAUAUCCAAUUCAACAUUUUGAAGAAGGCAACUUUCCAGAUUAUGUUAUGAAAGGAUUGAAAAAACAAGGUUUCUCUGAGCCAACAGCAAUUCAAGCACAAGGUUGGCCAAUUGCACUUAGUGGAAAAGAUUUAGUUGCUAUUGCACAAACUGGAUCUGGUAAAACACUUGGAUAUGUAUUACCAGCAAUUGUACAUAUUAUUAAUCAACCAAAAUCAAUAGUCAAUGAUAAUAAUAAUAGUAGUAGCAGUAGUAAUAAUAAAAAAGGUCCAAUUGCAUUGAUACUUGCACCAACACGUGAAUUGGCACAACAAAUACAAGAAGUUGCAAAUUGUUUUGGUGAAAGUGCUUCAGUACGUAAUACAUGUAUAUUUGGUGGUGCACCAAAAGGACCACAAGCACAAGAUCUUGAACGAGGUGUUGAUAUAUGUAUUGCAACACCUGGACGUCUUAUUGAUUUUCUUGAUAAAGGUAUGACAAAUUUACGUAGAUGUACAUAUUUAGUACUUGAUGAAGCUGAUCGUAUGUUGGACAUGGGUUUUGAGCCACAAAUACGUAAAAUAAUACAACAAAUACGUCCAGAUCGUCAAAUUCUCAUGUGGUCAGCAACAUGGCCAAAAGAAGUUAGAAAUCUUGCUGAAGAUUUUUUAUCAACUUAUACACAACUAAAUAUUGGCUCAUUGGCAUUAUCAGCAAAUCAUAAUAUAUUACAAAUUGUUGAUGUUUGUCAAGAAUUUGAAAAAGAUUUUAAGCUACAACGUUUAUUACAAGAAAUUGGUACUGAAAAAGAAAAUAAAACAAUAAUAUUUGUUGAAACAAAACGUAAAGUUGAUGAUAUUACUAAAAAUAUUAGAAGAGAUGGAUGGCAAGCAUUGAGUAUACAUGGUGAUAAAAAUCAACAAGAAAGAGAUCAUGUAUUACAAGAAUUUAGAAGUGGUAGAACAACAAUUCUUGUUGCUACUGAUGUUGCUGCACGUGGUUUAGAUGUUGAAGAUGUUAAGUAUGUUAUUAAUUUUGAUUAUCCAUCAUCAUCAGAGGAUUACAUACAUAGAAUUGGUAGAACUGGACGUAGAAGACAAAAAGGUACUGCAUAUGCAUUUUUUACAACUCAAAAUAUGAAACAUGCUGGUGAUCUUAUUGCUGUGUUACGUGAAGCUGGUCAAAAAAUUAAUCCAAAACUCAAUGAAAUGGCUGAACUUGCUAAUUCAUCAAAUUUCAAUGGAAAAGGAACAAAAAGAUUUAUUUCAUCAGGUGGUAAUUCUGAAAGAGGUGCUAAACGUUUUAAUAGUGGCAAUAAUGACACAAGAGGUAGUUAUAAUUCAUCAAGAGGACGUGGUGGUGGUUCAAGUCAUGGCUCUGUUAAUGGAGCAUCAUAUCACAGCUCAUAUCAAUCUUAUCCAACUUCAAAUUACAAUGAUUACACUAAAAAAUCAAGUAUCGAUCAACACUCAUCAGGAUAUUCUUAUGGCCAAAAAAGUUAUCCACCAAAUACAUCAUCAUCGUCAUCAUCAGUUGGCCAUGGAUAUGGUGAAGUUGGUGGAGCUGAAGGGGGUGGAGGAAAUUAUUAUUAUCCAAAUCACAAUCAAUAUCGUGGAGAAUAUUGAUCAAAGACUUUUUGUUACCAAAGGACUGAUUGUAUUAAUUAAUAAUAAUCAUAAUGUAAAAAAAAAAAAAAAAACAAGAAAAAUAAUAACAAAAACCAAAGUUAUUAAGAUACUUAAUUGAUAAUAUAAAAUAUUAAGUGCUGACAAUUAUUUAUAUAUUAAAAUAUAUACAUCAACAAUCACAUUAUUGUCAUCAUCGAAAAAUUCAGCUAUUAUUAUUAAUUAACUAAAAAAAUAUAUAUCUUUAAUUGAAAAGUCAAUUUCAUUAUUAAAUAAUAUAAAACAAGGCAGCUCUAAAUGCCCUUUUGUAACAACGAUUAAAUUAAUAUUAUUAUUAUUAUUAUUAUCAACAAUACACAAUUAUUAUUUAUUAUUAUUAUUAUAAAUCUACAGGUAGAACUUUAGAUAAAUUAUAUGUUAAUAUAUAUUUUCAGCAAUAUUCCAAUGAUUAAUGGAAUUUAUUAUUAUUUUUUGUUUCUUUUUUUCUAGAAAUAGCAUAGAAUAAAGUCUGUGAUUCUAUAUAAAAUUAGAAUUGUUUAGUCAAUAGAUUUUAUUUAAAUCAUUAUAUUAAAUAAUAUAUCUAAAAUUUAAAAAAAAAAAAAAAAAAACAAGAUUGACUAUUAUUGCUAUUAUUAUUUAUUUACCAAUGGUAAGUAAAAAUUAAAAAAAAAACGAAAAAUUAAAAAAUUAAUAAAAGUUGUGUUUAAUAUAGAAAAA